GAGACUGACCUCCUUCCCUAACUUUGUUCUUUAUCAACGACUUUUGAUUGCAUAUUACUUUCGAAGAUAAACAUCUUGAUUUUUGUUUCCAUUCAAUCCAAAGAUAAUACCCUCGUUUAGAAAGACCCAAGAUUUAAUACACUCUUUCCAAGAUGUCAACAAUAACUGAUAGACACGCUCCUCAACCUUCCGUAUUCCCAAAGAGCCAUGUUGGUUUCGAUAGUAUCACGUCACAAAUUGAGCGCAAGCUCUUGAAACGCGGUUUCCAGUUCAACGUUAUUUGCGUCGGACAAACCGGUCUCGGAAAAUCCACCCUCAUCAACACCAUUUUCGCCUCACAUUUGAUCGAUUCCAAGGGAAGACUCACCCCAGAUGAGCCAGUACGAUCUACCACCGAAAUUCAAACCGUUUCCCACAUCAUCGAGGAGAACGGCGUAAAGCUGCGACUCAACAUUGUCGAUACCCCAGGUUAUGGAGAUCAAGUCAACAAUGAUAGAUGUUGGGAUCCAAUUGUCAAGUACAUUAAAGAUCAACACUCUGCAUACCUCCGAAAGGAACUUACAGCCCAAAGAGAAAGAUAUAUUCAAGACACUCGUAUUCACUGUUGUUUGUUCUUCAUUCAACCUUCUGGCCAUGCCUUGAAGCCAAUUGAUAUCGUGGUUUUGAAGAAGCUUUCAGAUGUUGUCAAUGUCGUACCAGUUAUCGCCAAGUCAGAUUCUUUGACUUUGGAGGAACGUGCUGCAUUCAAGGAGCGUAUAAAGGAGGAAUUUGCUUUCCACAACUUGAAGAUGUUCCCAUAUGAGAAUGAUGAGUUUGAUGAGGAAGAGAAAGCGUUGAACGCACAAAUCAAGGACAUCAUCCCAUUCGCUGUUGUUGGAUCUGAGAAGGAUAUCAUUGUUGGAGGCAAACCAGUUCGAGGACGUCAAAACAGAUGGGGUGUUAUCAAUGUCGAGGACGAAAAUCACUGCGAAUUCGUCUACCUACGAAACUUCCUUACCCGAACCCAUCUCCAAGACCUUAUCGAAACCACAUCUCAAAUCCAUUACGAAACAUUCCGUGCUAAGCAAUUGUUGGCCCUCAAGGAGAGCAGUGCUGCAGGACAUGCUGGUAGCAGACCAAUCAGUCCAUCAGCUGAUAGAGAGUUGAGCAGAAACUCUCAAAGAAUGACCAUGAACGGCUAUUAGUAGAAUUCAUGGGAUAUGAAUGAUGGCUAGUUGGUGGUGAUACUGGGAUCUGGUGAGUUUGGAUGACUGGUUGUGUUUAUGAUGGCGAGAUGGUAUUUGCCAAAAGCGACAAUUUUUUGAAGGGAGGUUAGAGGAGAGUUUAAUGGACUGCUUUUGUGGAGCCGGGCUUUUCUAAACUCAAUAUUGCUACAUUUCUCCUUUGCUUAAUUAGCCCUUUUUCUUUAAUAUCAAGAGGGUUCAUUUCAAUAGUAAAUAAUAAGAUCUUCUUUUGAUUCUUGGGGUCA